AAGCGAGAGAGAAAGAGAGAGAGAGAGAGAGAGAGAAAGAAAGAAGGUAGAGGAUAUCGAUAUCGUGAUCUAACGCAAUCAUACACGUUCAAAAUAUAAUUUCCUUCAUAGUAAUUCGAGAAAAGAUACAUCAGCGGACUUAUUGCGAAUUAUUAUUUUCUACGAUUUCAAGAAAAAUAAGUGAACUAUAAUAGACAAGCCUUGAAGAGAAUUUUUCUUGUUUCUUCUCAAACCUCGACCGAUUUUUUAUUUUCUUUUUUUUCUUUUUUUCUCUCAUUAUAUCGGAGUAAAUAACGAUGGAAAUAAUCGUAUCAAUGAGUUAACGUGUCCUAGGAAGAUUUACAAUCAUUUGGCACGCCGUGUAUGUGCUCGUCAACAGUACGAAUCGCUCGAGUAAAUACUUGGACAAUUUUUGGAGGUUAUGUGUUAUCAUCGUGAUACGUACGCGAAUUAAUCAACUUGGAUUUUAAGAAUUCUACGUGCGAUGGAAAAAAAAAGUUAAGAAAAGUGGAUACACAUUUGCAAGGGAUGAAUAAAUUUUGUUUCAUCGUGAAUGAAAUCGUGUGAUUAUUCUCCUCUUGGGGAAACAAAUAAGAAAAAUUGUUCAACCUGAUCGCUGAUAUCAUCGUUAUUAUACUUUUUUGCAAGAUACAUAAUUACAUGUUAAUCGGUCGUUAUUUUUGUUUUCCUAUUUUUUUUUAAUCUUUUUCCUUUUUUUAUUUAAUUUUUAAAUAAAAAGACGUACGAGCAAGGUGUUCAUAAAAUAGAGAAUAAUUGUCGUAUCUUUUAAAAUUAGUGCAAAUCUUGCACUAAUGCAAUUGUGUCAGAUACAUGGAACUUCAAAAAGUUUUUCAAUAUAUAAAUAUUAUAAGUUUUAUAUUGUUGAUAAGUGAAUGCAUUAUGUGAUUGCCAUUAAUUGUUAUUAGUGAUACUACAGUUAAUGAUUGAAUUUAGAGCAGAUCUUUAAAUAUAACAAUUGUCACGUCAUUUAGUUCUCUUCUAGCAAGGGUGUGUGAUCUAUUUAUUGUGAUUAAAAAACAUUUUAAUGUGAAAAUUGUACAUAUAUAAGUUUCGCAAAUAAUUUGACAUAUAAUACCACUGAACACUGUUUCUUCCUUUAAAUUUAUGAUUGUAAACAUAUGAAAUACGUUGUAUCAACAAAAUUUGCUUAAACGUUUGCAAUAGUGGUUCACACGAAUGGAUGAUGCUUGGAGGCAAUGAACGGAAUGGAGAGACAUGGACAUGGACAUGGACACUCGCAUGCACAUUCGCAUCGUCAUCGCCAUUCUCAUGGCAAUUCACAGAGCACGUCACAGAAUUCGAAUCAAUCGUCCAAACAUAGCCAUAGUCACGUAGCUCAUUCUCAGAAAGAACCAUCUACGCCACAAGUGGUACAGAAACCAAGGAACUAUAAAUUAUUGGUGGAUCCAUUCUUGGUAAAAGGAGCUACCAAAUUGUAUAGAUACGAUGGAAUGGUUCCAGGAGAUCCUACGUAUCCUGUCGUUUUGCCAAGAGAUCCCAGAUCUCAGUUAACAAGAAUAUGGACUCGAUUAGAACAACUCGACUUACCUGUACCUAGAUUUAAAAUAGAUUCUAAUUAUUGCGGAGAACCUCCUCCGUUGGAGGUAACAUUUUGUCACCUUAAUGACAAUAUUGAUAAAACAUUUUUAACAGACAUGGUUCAAAAGUUUGGUGCCGUAGAAGAACUUACUAUAUAUUACCAUCCAGUAACUAAUAAACAUCUUGGAAUAGCCAGAGUAGUCUUUGAAACUACUAAAGCGUCCAAAGCUUGUGUAGAAAAAUUGAACAAUACAUCUGUGAUGGGUAGGGUUUUAAGAGUGUUUCUCGAUGCUUUCGGAGAGGAAUGUAAAAAAAUUUACGAGGAGUUAACCGUAGAAAAGAAACCUGAGAGAAAAGUCGAAAAGGAAGUAAAGUGUGAUGUUGAACCGGAAAAACAAGCACCGAUUGAUAAAAUUGUGCCUGAAGAAAGGGACGAUUAUAGAAGUACUAAGAAGACAAUUGCUAGUGUAGAAAAAGUUAGAGAUCCGUAUGUUGAAAAUUCGAGAUACAAUAAGUAUAGGGAUUAUCCUACGCCUAGUGGAAGUACUGGCAGUGAUUUAGGCUAUGGUACAGCACCUAGCGAAUUAAAUUAUUCUAGCAACUAUUCUCAAAAUUCUACUCCGGCUACCAAUUAUGAUUUUUACUAUAGUGGUUAUCACCAUCAACCACCUAAUAGUUAUUUACCUAAUAUGCCACAAAAUGUAUCCCAAAAUCUUUCUAUGCAACCAAAUUCAAACAUGUGGUGGAGUAAUAAUUCCGGAACUGCUGGGUAUCCAUCUGCAUCUGUUUGGCCUGCUCAACAUGGAACUAAUUUGGAAAAUCCAACCACUAAUACGACGUCGACUAACAAAAGCUCCACGAGUAAGAGUCAACAUCAUACUACCAAAAAGGAAAAGGAUAAUCAAAGCACUGUCAAAAAUUCAUCUAGAGAUUCCCCUGUUGAAACUCGUAAGACUUUAGAUUUAGAUACGAGAAUAGCAAUGCUAUUGAAAGAUAAAGCGGGUGGAAUGGCUCCUCCAUUUUUACAAUUUGGUAGUGAUUCAGAAGAUGAUAAAAAAUCACAACACGGCGAUAACGAAAUGCUUUCGGAUCCUCCGAGUCCGUUUUUAUCUCAUGAAGCAUAUAAAUCUUGUUUUGAAAAGAUGAGAGAAAAAAAUAAAGAAAGAUGGAAAACUCGUGAGAACAAUCUAAAUCAAUUUUCCGUCGACGAAGAUUUAGGCAGCGUUAUCAGUUCUAGCGAAGAUGAAGCCUUGUUGGGAAGUUACAGCCCAGCACCGGAUGAAAUUGAACCAGAACCACCUAAAGAACCACCACCUCCUCCACCACCUGACGACGAUAGAAUGUCUUUGAGUCCAUUGAGUUCGGGAGAUGAAAAAAUAGAAGAGGUUAUCGCUCAACCCGAGCCCUCGAGUCACUUGUAUCCAGGGCCUGGUUAUCCUGGUCAUAUAAGUCAUUAUCCAUCCGGAGACGUUUAUAGUUGGCCUAGACCAGCCCAAUAUCCUUAUCCUUAUGGAACGACCUACUUGCAAAGCCAUUAUCAACCUACUACGGCAUCUUUAUCGGGAACAGUUGGGAGUCAUCAAGGGACAAAUUAUUACUCGUCUUUCCAAUCACGCUUUCAGGCCAUGGCAAAUCAUAACAUUACUAAAGAUAAUCCGCAGGGUCCUACCAUCAAUGGUGUAUUAAACAGAGUUGUAAAUGAACUGAAACAAAUUUUAAAAAAAGAUUUUAAUAAGAAAAUGGUAGAAAAUACUGCAUACAAAUUAUUUGAAGUUUGGUGGGAUGAGAAAAAAUCAGAAAAGAAUCAAACACAAGGAGGAGACGUUGCUGUUAUUAAUAAUACUAGUAAAGAAGAAAAUUCAAAACCACAAGGACUUUCAUUACUUUUGGAGCAAGGAACACCAUUGGGUCUCAAUUACGAUGGAUUUGGUUUGGGUAUCAGAGCUAGUAUGCCAAAGAUGCCUUCAUUUAGGCGUAAAAUUAAAGCUCCGAGUCCUUUACCUCAAGACGAAGAUAGUCAUCAAUCAGAUCGUAUUGAUACUGAAAUCAUAGAAAGCGAUAGCGAUUUAGAUCUACCACCGGUACAAAAAGUUAAAAGACCAGUUUCAUCUCUUCAGAGCGGUUCUUCUUCCUCGUCUUCGUCUUCAUCCACUGAAAGUUCUAGCGAGGAAGCUAGUUCCAGUGAAUCUUCUAGUAGUUCAAGCGAGAGUUCGGACGAAGACAACUCUGAAGAUGAGCAAGACACGGAUAGUCGCAUGUCCGAUCAUCGUCCUUUGGCUUGUAACAGCGAAGAUCCAGAUAUAUUAAUGGAACUGGCUAUUCAAAGAUCUUUGGAUUGUCCUACUCCAACCGGUAGAGAUACUCCACUGCCAGAUAUAAAAAUAAUAGAUUUAAAUUCAGAUGAGUUCCCUGAAAUCGAUAACAGUGAGAGUCCAUUACCAGCUUCUCCAGGAAAAUAUGAAAAUGAUAAGGACACGAAUGACAGAUUAAAUGAAAAUUAUCAGAAUAAGAUAGAGGAAGAACAAUUGGAAACGUUGAAGCCUAUAGAUGUUAAUGCAAACAAACCGAGGUUAGAGAACGAUGUACAGCAAAAACUUAAUACGUAUAUUGCCAAGUUACCGCAGAAGGAAGAGAUUCAACAAGAUAUGAAAAAAAUGGAAAGUUCAGCUGCAGAAGCACUGAUAACAUUAGCUGGUCAGGAUAAUAUUAUACGGCAUAGAAGCCCAGGACCUAUCGAGCCUAAUAUCAUUAGAACUCUUCAAACGUUGUCUGCCAAAUACAUUAAUGAUGAACCUAUUCUUAAGGAAUCAGAGAAAAUUGAUAUGUUCAGUGAAAUUCCUACUACAGAUUCGGAAGAGGAAAGUCUCGAAAUAAGAAGAUUAAAAUUCCAAGCAGAAGUCGAUCUACGAUUAAAUGGUCAACAAAGCCCAAGCUCGCCUGGUUCACAAGCAUCUCAAGUUUAUAUGGAACAUUCGUAUUCUUUACCACCAGCUCUUCCAGAACCUGUGGAACCACCUCCUGUUGUUCGUAUGAAUCCAUCACCGAUAAAGAUAAAAGCUUCAAAGGUUGGCAAGUUAACGAAAGGAAAAGAUAAAGUGCAUAAGGUCGAAAAACGGAAGUUGAAUAAAUAUCCCAAAAUACAUGAUCUUCAGAAACACGAAGGAGAGAAGGAAAAUAUUCAAAAUGAAUAUGUUUAUGAAAGAUAUGUUAGGAAUAUUCAAGAACCACCAGUAGUAUAUAAGGAAAGAGAUUUAAUGUCAGAAAUGGGUAUUUUGUACGAAUUCUUGACCAGAGGUAUAGAUGCGGAAGAUGUUGAAUAUUUAAGAAGAAGUUAUGAAGCUUUGUUAGCUGAUGACGCUCAAGGAUAUUGGUUAAACGAUACUCAUUGGGUUGACCAUCCUGCAACAGACAUACCAAGCCCAGCUAAGAGAAGAAAACGAGACGAAUUAAGAUUACAUGCAACUGGAAGUGCAAGAACCGAAGGAUACUACAAAGUAGAUUUAAGGGAGAAAGCAAAACAUAAACAUCAUUAUGCACAAAGUAUACAACGUUCCAACGACGUAGAGGAGAGUACUUAUACAGGAGGAGAUGGCAUAAUAAACGGUCCAAAGGGUAAUACGAAAGCAUUGACUGGUAAGAUGCAAGCUUUGUCACGAGAAGCGCGAAGUAAUCAACGUCGCCUUUUAACCGCAUUUGGAAUAGACACCGACAGUGAUCUCCUUAAGUUUAAUCAAUUAAAAUUCAGAAAAAAACAAUUGAAAUUUGCCAAGUCUGGCAUUCACGAUUGGGGUUUGUUUGCUAUGGAACCGAUUGCAGCAGACGAAAUGGUUAUAGAAUAUGUAGGGCAAAUGAUUAGACCAGUUGUUGCAGAUUUAAGGGAGUCUCAAUACGAAGCUACAGGCAUUGGUAGUUCUUACCUAUUCCGUAUUGAUCUGGAUACGAUUAUCGAUGCAACUAAAUGUGGCAAUCUAGCAAGAUUCAUUAAUCACAGUUGCAAUCCAAACUGUUAUGCAAAAGUAAUUACUAUAGAAAGCCAAAAGAAAAUUGUAAUCUACAGUAAACAACCGAUAGGAGUUAACGAAGAAAUAACUUAUGAUUACAAAUUUCCAUUGGAGGAUGACAAAAUACCCUGCCUUUGUGGAGCUCCGCAGUGUCGGGGUACUCUCAAUUAAAAAGUUCAUCGAGCUACAUUGUUCGUCCCUUUUUCCUAUCUUCUACAUUUCACCAUGUCCUGCUCUCAUAUUUUUGUAAAUAUUUCUUCAUGUAAACAUUUUAUAAAAAUGCUAUCGAAAAAUA